CGACGGCUGUGCGGGCGGCCUGGGCGGCAGCGGUACCGCCGGCCGCGCUCCCCUGCACACGCACCCCCACCCCACCCCCAACCCCGGCCCCGCGGCGCAGAGAAACAACCCCGGCGGCGGCUCGGGACGGCGGCAGGCAGCGCCCACCUGGCGGCGCGGCGCCCCGGCGGGGGUGCGCGGCGGGGGCCGGCGGGGGGAGGCAGCCGGGGGGGGGGGGGGCGGGGACAGCCGCCGGGAGGUUGUUUCCCUGAGGGAGGUGCGGUGCCUCCGCCGCUCCCCGCGCGGUGCCAAGUGCCUCCCCGCGGCCGGGCAGGGCGGGCGGCGGGGCGCCCCUUGCGCGCCGGGCUGGAGGCGGAUGGAGGGAGCCGCUCUCCGCGCUCGGCCGGGGCCCCGCCGCCGGGGUGCCGCCCCUCGCGGGGUGCGGGGGCGCGGCAGGCGCUGCCCCAGAGAUGCGGCGGCCCGCGCCCGCCCCGCCGCGCGCCCUACCUGUACCGGGCCCGCCGCCGCCCCUCCCCCGGCCCCGCCGCCGCCGCCGCCCCCGCGGGGGCCGGGACUCAGAGCGCCGCGGCGCCGAGACGCGGCCCCGAGGAGAGGGCGAGGGAGCGGGAACGGGAACGGUGCCGGCCGCGGCGCAUGAUGUGGGUGCCGCUGCUGGCGUGCCUCACCGCGGGGAUCGUCUCCGUGCCCAAGUGCCAGCGCGGACCCGGACCCCUCUUGGGGGCGGCCCGGCUGCUGGCGGCCGUGCCGGGACUCUGCCAGCGCCCGGAAAACAGAUGUGCCACUUCAAAUGCAGUAACAUGCACAAAGUGUCUUGCUUUGGGUCCAGAGUGUGGAUGGUGUGCUCAAGAGGAUUUCAUGGCUGACACAACACAGAAGGGACGCUGUGACACUGUUUUCAACUUAAUGAAAAGAGGCUGCCAAUCAGAUUUUGUAGAAAAUCCCACAGUUCGUGUCACGAUACCCAGUGACCGUGAAACAAAUACACAAGUGACACCGGGAAGAGUUUCAGUCCAACUGCGUCCAGGAAGUGAAGCAAACUUUAUGUUAAAAGUUCGUCCUCUAGAGAAAUACCCCGUGGAUCUUUAUUAUUUAGUUGAUGUCUCAGCCUCUAUGCACAACAAUAUAGAAAAACUAAAUUCCGUUGGAUUUGCUUUAUCUAAAAAGAUGGCGAAUAUUUCUAUUGAUUUUCGACUUGGAUUUGGAUCCUAUGUGGAUAAAACUGUGUCACCCUAUAUUAGCAUUCAUCCAGGUAGAAUCCAUAACCAAUGCAGUGAUUAUAAUUUAGAUUGUAUGCCUCCUCAUGGUUAUAUUCACGUGCUAUCCCUGACUGACAAUAUAGCAGAAUUCAGAAAUGCAGUGAAUAAACAAAAAAUUUCUGGAAAUAUUGAUACACCUGAAGGGGGUUUUGAUGCAAUGCUCCAAGCAGCGGUGUGCCAGAGUCAUAUUGGAUGGCGCAAAGAAGCUAAGCGACUGCUUCUUGUGAUGACAGAUCAAACUUCCCAUCUGGCCCUUGAUAGUAAAUUAGCGGGGAUCGUAAUUCCCCAUGAUGGAAACUGUCAUUUGAAAGAUAAUGUGUACAUCAAAGCUACGAGUAUGGAGCAUCCAUCUCUUGGGCAGCUCUCUGAAAAAUUGAUUGACAAUAACAUCAAUGUUAUUUUUGCAGUUCAAGGAAGCCAGUUCCAUUGGUAUAAAGAUCUGUUACCUCUGUUGCCUGGUACUGUUGCAAGACAGAUAGAAUCACAAGCAGCAAAUCUCAAUGAUUUGGUGGUAGAAGCCUACCAGAAACUAAUCUCUGAAGUGAAAAUUCAAGUGGAUAACCAGAUCCAAGGUCUUCAUUUCAAUAUCACUGCAAUCUGUCCUGAUGGAAGUAAAAAAACUGGAAUGGAAGGAUGUAAAAAUGUGGGAUAUAAUGAAGAAGUACUUUUCAAUGUAUCAGUUACAAUGAAAGGAUGUGAUACAACUGGUGGAAGAAAAUAUGCGAUACUUAAGCCUAUUGGUUUCAAUGAAACCGCCAUCGUUAAUGUACAGAAAAGCUGUGCCUGUCAGUAUGGAGACAGUGCAAGGCACAAAAGAGUAUGGGCUGAUGAAACUUUUUCUGAUGGCAAGCACUCCCAUUGCAGUGACAAUAAUUGUAGCUCUAACAGAGAUGAUACACUUUCUUCUGAGAGGUGCAGACGACACCAGGACCAGCCCAUCUGCAGUGGUCAAGGGAAUUGCAUAGAUGGAAAAUGUUUCUGCUACAAAAACAAGCUAGGCAAGGUGUAUGGCAAGUACUGUGAAAUGGAUGAUUUUUCCUGCCCGUAUCACCAGGGAAACUUAUGUUCCGGUAAUGGUGAAUGUGAAGCUGGUAAAUGCAAAUGCUUUGCUGGCUGGGAAGGUGACCAUUGCCAGUGCUCGUUACAAUCAGCAAAGCACUGCCUGAAUUCAAAGGGCCAGAUUUGCAGUGGAAGAGGAAAAUGUGUAUGUGGAAAGUGUGAGUGCACAGAUCCAAGAAGCUUUGGCCGUUUGUGUGAAUAUUGCCCUACUUGUAACAAAGCCUGUGAAGAAAACUGGAAUUGUGUUCAGUGCCAUCAUUCUAACAAUGCAUCUCAAGCUAAACUUGACCGGUGCACAACCUCAUGUGCUUACCUGCUGCAUUAUAUUGACCAAACUUCAGAAUGUUUCUCUGGACGAAGCUACUUUAGAGUCUUUUCCAUAAUCUUUAUAGUUACCUUUCUGAUCGGGUUGCUUGUUGUCCUUAUCAUCAGGCAGAUAAUUCUGCAGGGGAGUAGCAAUAAAGUUAAAUCUUCAGCUGAUUACAGAGUAUCUGCAACGAAGAAGGAUAAGAUGUUUUUGCCUACUGUUUGUACAAGAACAGUAACAUACAGACGUGACAAACCAGAGGAAAUAAAUAUCGACAUCAGCAAGUUACGAUUAAACGAAACUUUCAAGUGUGAAUUCUGAAGACAGUGUGUUUUCUGCAAAUGUCUGUUUCCAUCAUGCUCGACUUUUUAAAAGUUACCUUUUGUACUCUGGCGGAGUCUUGACUGUUGCCGUUUGGUUAUUUGUCCUGCCUGUUGUUGAAUACUGUAACAAAGUGACAUGUAAGCAUAUUCACAUAAUGUGACUAUGUUUGAAACUAUAGCUGCUGUAUUUUUAUUUUUUUUUAUUUUAUUUUUUUUAAAAGAGAAAUGUGCGUUACUACUGUUCAGGAACAUUAGUGUUGAUGUAGCACUUUAGCGUAUUCUAAUUUAUUUAGUUAUGGCCUAGAAUGUAGGUAUGAACCGGUCUGACAAAGCACUGAUCUCACUCUACAUGUAGCUAGUACUGAUGUGCUCUGUGGGAAUGGACAAAAACUGUGACUGAAAUAUUAACAUUGCUGUAUAUUAUAGCAAUAGAUAAAACUAUUCUAAUGCUCUUAAAUAGAGUAAACGGUACUUUUAUAGUUCUCUCAGUUGACUAAAUUCCACUGAUUUGCCUGCUUUAGCCUCUUAGCUUCUCCUCAUUACUUAAUAAAAAUGACUGGAUUAAAUCAAGGCUUAGUUGCUGGUGUGGAGGUACAGUUGUGUGUGUAUACACACACAUGCGUGCACACACACAGAGAUAAAUUUUAUAUAUAUAGGUUUUUUAUAUGUUAUGUCACUUAAAGAUAAUUUAUAUUGGAUAAAGGGUAAUUUUUAGCUUUUUUACUUGUUUCAACAUAAAAAUUUAUAUAUGAAUUUUAAGGUAUUUGGAAACUGAGUGGCUACAGAAAACGAGUUCCUCUGUCCAACAGCAUAGUCUACAUGAUGAUCACUGCCGGCUGACUUCACUUUUGGAGUCAGCAGCAUCAACUCCAUUGCAAGCAGAUAAAUUACAGCAGAGCUGUGUUUGGUUUGCUAGCUACAUGUCAGUGUUUUGCCAAAUAAGGGCUUUGUUCUUUUUGUAUGAUGUCAGACAUAAGUCUGAUUGUACACACGUGCUCUUUUUUCCUAUGUAAAUUAGUUGACAGGAUUAGAUUUCAUGAAUCUUUAUGUAACCACUUCAAUUUUUGUGACUGUGCAUUGAGAAAUGUGUGCAGUGUGGUGUGGAAAAGAACCUGCAAUUUGGAAGAAGGUGAGGAAGACAGGAGUCUCUUUCUCAAGAGAACACAUUUAUUGACUUCAUAAAUGUGGGAUCAAAUUCUGCCUUCAGAAAUGGGCAAAACUCUUCUAAACACAGUGGGACCAAUAUGAGCUUAUCUGAGAGCAGAAUUUGAGGUACAAGGUCAAGCAGAAGCAUUUUCUUACCCCUGAACCCGGCUAUAGCAGUAGAAGACGCGUUACUGUUAUAUGCUAGUUGGAAGAGUCAGCCAACAGUCUGAUUUACUAACUUUAUGCUGCCAAAACCCUACAAAAAUCUGAUCAACCUCUAAUGCACUUAAAUAUUGCUGGUAAAAAAAGAAUCAUCUCAGAAGAGAGCAUGCAGUGUAUCAUUUUAGCAACAUUGAUUACGGAUAACUAAGUAUUGAUCUGCACUGGUCAUAGACAAGAAUUACAGAAACAAAGCAGGACCUCUUUAUAUGCAGUUUUUAGAAAUUAGUAUAUAUUCAUGUUUCCUAUUCUGUAUUUAUCCUGCAAAUUCCCACUGAAAUCUGAGGAGUAUAUAUAUGAAGGAAGGCAGCAUGCAGAACAAACAACUGGUGUUACGUGAGCGUUCACAAUUAAUUUACUGGGUCAUGGAUCAAGUGAGGGAUUGAGAAAAAUAAAACAGAGACAGUGGGCUUUCCAUUAAAUUGUCAUCAAAGCUUGAGAUUUUAGGGCUUGUUUGAAAAAAAAAAAAAAAAACAAACAGUAAACUGGACUAUUAAAUGUCUCUAAAGCAGUCUUCAAAGUAGUCCCUGAGCUUUCUACCAUACAGGUAAAAGUGUCUCAUUUAAAGAAAAGGGGGUUUCCUUACACUGACCCUGAUUUUAGUGAUAGCGCCAUUGUAAUAUCUUAAUUAUAGAUUAUCUCUGUAAGCUAUCAAGUGUACCUUAAACUUUCCAUUUUCUUUUAAAACAUGUAGAACCAUUUUCCUUCUAUGGAAAUGAACAGAUUCCAAACCAUUGGUUUCAGUGGGAUUAAGAUAAAAGAUCAGUAAAAGUUUACCUGCUGUUGGCCUUGUCACAAUUCGUUAGUAUUUUUAAGUGAGUAGGAAACAAAGACUCUGGGUACCUGUUUCACUUAACAAAACAAAACAGAUUUAAAAGCUCAGCAGAGAAUAUCUGAAUAUAUAGCAAAAGAUGCAAUUAUGUUCUUUAAACAGUGUGAUAAAUAUUCUAUUUUUUUUUUAGCAAAACAGAUUCCUCAGAUGUAUUUCCCUUAAUGGCCCUUAAAAAAUUUGCUGAAGUGAUAGCUAAUGUUUUUCCUUUAGAAAUUACUUUUCACUGUUAGAGGGAGUUAAAUUAUGUGGGUAGAGGACAAUGGAGCUGGGUUCUUUGUGGGAGACAGAUUUGAGCUGUAACACCCAUCUUCCAGACACAUCCCACUGCUACUACUUUUCUUCUGGCAUUGCAGUGCUGCCUGUGAAGGGGCACGACCAGUAAUUCCUUAUCAGACACCUGCCUGAAUGUUUAAUUGUGCUCUGGUCAAAUAGAGCAGGCUCACAGGACAAAUUGCACUGUAAGCUGCUUGCUGUCCUGGGGUUAAAAAAAAAGUAUAUUAAAAAAGAAGGUUUUUUAAGGGGGGCGGGGGGGAAGCUUUUUUGCAUCUCCCUCAUGGUUUUGCUGUAUUGUGGAGGAGGCUAGUGAAAAAGAAUAAGCUGCUGCUAAUGUGACAGGUCAAGGCUUUUAGAAAGCCCAUGGGGAGCUUAUACAGAGCAGGAUCCUUGGGAGGAGGCUUUGUUUCUAGGGAUGGAAUCUAUCCAUGAGAAACUCUGGCUUUGCUUGGUACUUGUUUCCCUCUGCCUUUGACCAUGUUUUUCAGAAGAGCUGCUGCAGGAGAUGAAUAGCCCAACAAAAGCCUCACUAUUUAGGGAGCUGUGUUCCCUCAGCACAUGACCUUAAAUGAGAAAGCAGCCUGUAAUUCACAAGGAAUUUCCUCAGCGAUUGCAGAAGGACUCUGCUUCCUAUAGUGCUUAAUAUGGGAGAUAUUAAAGACGAAUUAGUUCAUAUUAGUUUUCAAUGUAUUGUGCGUCAAAGAUGCUUGUAAAAAUAGGGGGGGGAAAAUAGCUUCAGAAUAGAAUGUUCCAAACUUCUUAAAUAAAACUUCUUAUACUAGGCUUCUUGAAAAAAAUGAAAAAAAAAAAAAAAGUCGAAUAAUUCAACUGCUUGCCUAUACCCCAAAAUAUACUGGCAGAUACUGUUGCAUCUCAUCAUUGGGUUUGGGAGUUGUUUUUAGAUUUGCUCCCAUAAAACAGAGCAUGUGCAUGACUUUUCACAGCAGAUUUGUUAAUGUUAAAAUACAUAUGUAUAAUUUUCAAAUUCUAAUCCCAAUUUUUUUUUUCCUUUAACUGGUUAUUUGUCUAACAUUUCAGAAAUUACAUAUUUAUGCAAUUAAAAAACAUGCAUUUUACUUCAGAUAUUCUUUUAAAGACUCUAAAAUGAAGAAAUACUACGAAUUGAUUAUUUCCAAGCAUCAUGAGUACGUUAAUAACAUUGCUACAGAAGUGUGUGGGAAAAUAGCUGUUUCAUCCAGAAAACGUGCACAUGGUAUGCGAGGAAUUUUCAUUGUGCCCAGCUGAAAUUCCCUUACGUUCACAAGGAAUGUUGAAAGUGAACCUUAAAAAGGAAGGACGUUUGUAUAGGCAUAGUUUACAUUUUAUCCAUUAUUUUCAACUGGAUUUAUUUUUUCCUCUCUAUGGUGUCAUGAAAACCUGCUAUGUAAAGUAUUCUUCAGACUGCAGUGGAAAAAUUAUUUUCCCAGUCUCAUCAUAUAUAAUAUUUGUUUCCUGCUUAGCGUGCAUACCUAAAUGUACAUGUGUUGCAAACCAUGGGAGCAAACGUGUGAAGCAGCUUCAAGCAACUCUUAGUCUUAAAGUAGCCGUAAGGCCUCAUGAUGCCCAGGGCAGAGAGGUGCAAGGGUACUGCUGCCUGCGCUGGGACUUUCACGGGGAUGGCAUCCUCAGCAGGUGCAGUGCGUCCUACAGUUCCCAGAACUGGGAACGAUCCUACAGCAUCCCUGCAGAGACGAUGCUCUGAGACCACACAUCUCCAUUUGUCAGGGCAGGAGGCCUCUUCAAAGUAGGUUGGCUUGGCAGAGGUGGUACGGUUUCUGUCCUAGGCGCUUGGCCAGAUGCUAUCCUCAGCGCUGCAGGCUUUUCGCAUCUUUACUCAUCAAAAAAUGUUUGCAUGUAACAUAGCAAGGGACUGUCUGUCAGUACGUACUGUAAACCUGGAUGCUGCAGACUUCCAUUAAAGCUUCUGGGAAGUCUUUGGGCAUCUGCCCAUGGACUUCCCACCAGCCCCAGGAUCUCCACCGGCCAGCCUUAACGAAUGUAAGCUGUAGCUGGGAAAGGGCACUUCUCAGAGGCAUUCCUGCUGAGUUCAGUGCUGCGUGACGCUCUGCUCUGACUAUGAGGGACGCGUAUUGCCAGGGUUCUGGCUGUCCUUUUGCAAGAGAGGGGAAAGAUUUCUUUGCUAAGCAGAAAUGGAGAAGUGGUUAAGAAGAACACUACUUUUCAAUGAUGAUCUUAACGCUGCUCCGAUGCACAGACAUCUCAUGGAUCUUACAGAGAAUUGAAAUUCAUGGAGAGGGAAAAAAGGUUAAAAUUAGCCAGUGUGAAUGCAUUUCUAUAGCGAGCCAAAUCAGUGGGGUUUCACUGAGUGCAAGCCAGCUCCCAAUGGUUGGCCUUUCUGGAGGGGAGAGAAAGAAAAAAACCUAAAAUUAGUAGAUUCUUAAGCUUUAGAAAUGCUACUCUGGAUUGCACAUUCUCUUUGUUUCCUUUUUUGCACACACUCAAAAAAUAAAGGUACCUACUUAUUUUAUUUAAAAAAAAAAAGUCUGGCAUUUGUUAAAAUAACGGCUUCUACCAAAAUCCUAACAUUUCGUCCUGAUACCUAUAUUGUGUUUGGGCUGUUUCAGUUAUAUUUUGAAGGGAGAUGUUGAAAGAUGAAAUAUUCUUUUGGGAAGGCAUCAGUGUUGGAUGAAUUCACUGUGCUAACUUCUUACUCACUUUUACCUACUACUGCUUCAAAAAAUAAAGCUACUUUAAAGUGUCUUAUUUAGCAAUGGUGUGACAGCUAUUAAUAAUACUACAGUUUUUAACUUUUUAUUUAACAUAUACUACCUUUUGUAAAAAAAGUAUAUACAGAUGAAUAAUGUUUCUCUAGAUUUUAUGCAUAGAGAAUGUUAGUAAGGGAAGAGGUUUUAAGUAAAUUUAUAACUUCUUACUGUUCAUUUUACAUUUUAAAUGAUACUUUUAAAUCACUACUUUUGUUUGGAAAUAUACUGAAUAUUUUCUUAUUUAAAAUAGUAUACUUUUAUAGCUGUUUAUUAAUUUCAGUUGACUACUAACUGCUAUUUUGAUAUUUAUUAAUGAGUUGACACUGUAGUAUAUUCAGAUGUUUA